CUUCUCCUUACAAGUUUUGAUGCUUAUACCGCGAAGAUGGUUCUCACAAUCUACACUUUCCCCGUACUCCCAAGCACACCCAUCCUGGUGAUCUGCCUUCCACUGCCUCCAAAUUUUCUUCGUCCCCACCUCCACGAACUCCAUCAGCGGCACCGUCCCCGGAUUCUCCUUCAGACACCCGCUAGAAUCGCUCAAAACCAGCUCACUGAAGUUUAUCCUUGUUAUGCCUCACUCGACACGUUUCCUAGUGACCUCAUUAGGAAAACCAUUCGUCUUAUGCAACACUAGAGUUACAUUCCCCGUUGUCACCUCCCUAGCACUCUCCAACCCGCCAUACUGAAGCCUUAUUAUUCUUCCCGCACCAACAUCGG